AUGGAGAUAUUCUUAAGAUUUGUGCCUACAAAUCCAAUAAGAUUAACAGCUUCUAGGAUAUUAUUAACCCAUGUAGCUCAUUACACACGACUUGCUGAAGUUGGAAAAUUAGAAGCACCCAAGACAACCGGCAAAUAUGAAACUGGACAACUGAUUUUACACAAAGUAUUCGGAUAUAGAGGUGUCAUAUUAUUCCCUUGGCUGGCCAGAGUAUACGACAGGGAUGCCUCCAAUAAAAAGGAUAACCCGGAAACUUCUGGAAAUGUUGAAACAUCGGGCGAUUCUUUAUCUAAUGUCGGCAAAGAAGUUAAAGGGAAGACCCAUACAUUUUACCAAGUUCUCAUAGACACGAGAGACGCGCCAUACAUAGUAAGUAUUAAUAAUCGGGCUCAAACAGAGGCGGUUACUUUCCUCGGUAACCAGGAAUCAAGUAGAAGCCUGUAUGCUAUCCCGGGCUUGGAUUAUGUGGCUCACGAUGACAUUAUACCGUAUGCAUCAGUGGAACGAGUACCUCUCCAGCAUGAGUUAUUUGAUAAGUUUCUUAUCCACAACCCAGAUAAAGAUCCUCCUUUCACAGCACAAGAGACUCUAAGGGCUUGGCAGAAGAAGAACCACCCGUGGCUGGAGUUGAGUGAUGUUCACCGUGAGACCACUGAAGGUGUCCGAGUCACUGUCAUACCAUUCUACAUGGGCAGCCGGGAAUCACAGAACUCAGCUGUGUAUUGGUGGCGUUACUGCAUCCGUCUCGAGAACCUCCUCCCGGCCGCCGUUCAACUCCGCGAGCGUCACUGGCGCAUCUUCUCUCUAUCCGGUACAUUGGAGACGGUCCGUGGCCGUGGCGUGGUGGGGCAGGAGCCUCUGCUGGGGCCCCGUGCACCCGCCUUCCAGUACAGCAGCCAUGUUAGUCUGCAGGCACCCAGUGGACAUAUGUGGGGUACUUUCCGUAUGGAGCGCGAGGACGGCUACACCUUCGACUGUCGCAUCCCCCCAUUCUCUCUGGAGAGCAAACCGGAUGAGGGUGCACCAGUCGCACCCUCGCCAGCCUGA